UCCGGGCUUCGGACUCAACUAAAGAUCUUCCGAGGAGGAAAGAAAGAAAUCUACCGUUGGAUCAGUGUGCGUUCAGACAGUGCGGGUGGAUGUAUGACGACAACAACGUUCGUUCCCUGGUGAUCGGUGUUGCUAUGAUCGUGCCGCGUUGGUCCUGUCACGUGGAACGAUCAUGAUUUACUUUAGGCCGCACGACGGUAGGAGUCUACGGUACAACGCGAACGCGAGACACUUGAACGUGCUCGUCGUGCCGCUCUUUCCGCUCUGGAUUAUCGGCGCGUUCUGCGUGAAGGACAUACCCAUAUCACACAUCGUGGCACUGGUCGGAGAUUCCACCUAUCUUCCCUGCGACAUAUCAACCACUCACGAGGGGGACUCCGUGCAUCUUGUGCUCUGGUAUCGCGAGGAUCUCGGUACAUCAGUUUACAGCAUCGACGCUAGGAAUCGGGAGUUUGGGGUCGCUGAAAGAUGGUCGGACAACAGCGUAUUCUCGAAUCGCGCCUAUUUCAUGCUGGACAAGCAACCGGCGCAACUAGGCGUCGAGAACACGAGAGAAGAGGACGCCGGUAUCUACAGGUGUCGUGUCGAUUUUCAAAUUGGCCAGACGAGAAACUCCAAAGUCAAUUUAACAGUUAUUGUACCACCGCGCAAGAUCACGAUUGUCGACGAGAACGAGAACAGACGGGACGCGACGGUCGGACCGUAUAUGGAAGGCGCUAACCUAAGGCUCUUCUGCGACGUUCAUGGCGGUAAACCGGCUCCAAUGGUGUCCUGGUAUCGCAACGACAGAUUCAUCACCAAUCGGACCACAACGCCGACCAGCGGUGUGACACGCAGCGAGAUCGUUGUACAGAACUUAAGCCGGGACGACGUCCACUCGGUGCUGACCUGCAACGCCACGAAUAACAAUAGGUCGAUUCCGCUGUCGUCGUCAGUCCGCGUGGACAUGCGUUUUAGCCCUUUGGAAGUGAAAAUAAUUGAUGGAAACCGACCCUUGUCGGCGGGCAAGAAGUACGACUUGGUCUGCACGACUUCCGGUUCCAGACCACCGGCUAGCGUCAUCUGGCGGAGGAACGGUCAACGCUUAGUGGAUUCCAAGGAAACCACCUCCGUCGAUGGGAACACGACCACCAGCAUUUUAUCUUUCAUGGCGACGAAAGCAGACGCAGGCAGACACUUGUCGUGUCAAGCUGAAAAUCGAAUCAUGGGAACCGCGCCGAUAGAGGACGGCUGGGUACUCCAGAUACAAUACACGCCAGAAACGCAGAUCCAGCUCGGCACAUCGCUGAAGCCUAAUACUAUACGCGAGGGCACGGACGUCUACUUCGACUGUCUCAUACAAGCAGAGCCGUCGGUGUACAAGGUGGAAUGGCGGCAUCAGAGCAAGGCACUUCAUCACAACAUCACGCAGGGCAUCAUAAUCAGCAACCAGAGUUUAGUGCUGCAGGGAGUUGAUCGUAAAAGCGCUGGCAAUUACACGUGCGUGGGAUACAAUACUGAGGGUGACGGCGAGAGCUCGCCUUUUUAUCUCAACGUGAUGUUCGCCCCUACGUGCAAGCCGAACCAGACGAAGGUCCAUGGCGUAGCGAAACAGGAGAAGGCGAAUAUAUCCUGUCAAGUGGAUGCAAAUCCGCCGGAAGUGCAAUUCAAGUGGACCUUCAAUAACUCCGCCGAGAGUAUCGACGUUGCGGCCGGCCAUAUCGCGCGAGCUGGCACAUCUUCCAUCGUCUCAUACACACCAAUGACGGAAUUAGAUUAUGGCACGUUACUCUGCUGGGCCAGCAAUCACAUCGGGCAACAACAAGUGCCCUGUGUAUAUCACAUUAUACCGGCGGGUCGACCAGACAUGGUUCACAAUUGCACGACCUCGAACACGUCGACCAACUCGUUUUCCGUGCGGUGCACGGAGGGCUUCAACGGCGGCCUGCCGCAAUCCUUUCUGCUGGAGGUGCGCGAGAGCAACAGCCAGGAGUUGCGUGCCAAUCUGACGUCGCCGGUGCCGCGCUUCAGCGUCACUCACUUGGAGUCCGGCGCCCUUUAUCAGGCCUGCAUUUAUGCCUACAACGACAAGGGUCGUAGCGAGGCAAUGGUGGUGCAGGCCGGUACUUUGAGGCUACCGGAAAAACAACUGACGUCCGAGUCAGAACGACCGAGGCAGCACGACAACCUGACACCGAUGCUGAGCGUGACGAUCGGCGUUGUGAUGGCCCUCAUUAUCGUCGCGGUUAUAGUGAUGGUCGUUUUACGGAUUCAGCACACGCACGUAGAGGAGCAGAACAAGUCGCAGAUGGAGGAUCACGCGAAGCAGACGAAGGCCGUUCCCAUACAGAGGGAACUACGAUUCCGAGAGGGAUGCAGUUUGCUCGCGGACGAGAAGCAUCCCAGCAGCCCGUUCAGAAAGUUGGAAACUAGCGGCGAUCUCAGCGAAAGCGACGAGAAGAAUCCUGACAUUAUUCCACAGCAGAUUACUGGUGAUGAGCCGUCGGAAUACUUAAGGAAGAGACGUCUGGUAUCAACGAUCGAAACGUCACCAUCAAGAAGCCUUCUGGAGCACUCAACGGUGACUUCCAUCAGCGGACACAGCAGUUACGUCGGAUAUUGCACGAUCCGCAACGGCAUGCCACUGCACGAGUUCUCCAACUUGUCGACGAAGCACAAAAGCUUUCAGCCGAUGGUGGGCGACGUCUAUGAGAGCGGUAUGUGCACCCUGCCCAGGCAACAUUGGCCCAGCCAAAGCGUUCAAUCGAUGUCGAUGACAAUGAGUCCUCCGAUAUUGUACGCCGGUCUGGGCGUCGUCACCAGGACCUGUCCGAGCGGCACGCUGCCGACGAAGGACUGUGAGACACGAGUGCCCGGCCAGUGUUGUCCAGCAAUCCAGACGCAGAAGGAUGCGACGAUAGGCACGCCGGUGGUAAUGGCCAAGAGGGAGAGCUCUGUGUGACCCUACACCCACCACGGGGCCUGCACCUGCAGCGUGAGCGAGUUGCUGUGAAUCACGCCAUUGUCAAUCGCGAGAUAGCCGCCGAUCCUGGAUGACACGAGCGUCCCAGGAAACGUUUGGGAGAUGUCUACAGAGGGAUGUUUCCUUUUACCAAACUGGAAUGUUCCUCCGACAUCGCUUGUGUCGUCCGGAACGCUUUGGGCGUGCGAGCCGGUUUGAGUUCGACGGAUUUAUGUUUUCACUCCAUGACAAACGUCACUAUUUGCGUCUCUCUGUUGAAUCAAGUGCCCUUUUUACACUGAAAAACGACGAACAUCCCGACCGGCUGAUCUGCCGGCUUCUCUCAUCUCGCGUGCGUAGCCUCGUGAUCGAGCCCCGGUGGAACCAAGACGGGCACCUCAUAUGGUAGAGAGUGAAUUUACGAAAAUAUGCGUGUGCGCGAGCUCACUAGCUUGCCGCACAUACUCCUGUACAUACCUCGAGACACGGAAGAUAUUUUGUACGAGUCGCGUAUAUUAAUGAUUUAUUCCCACUUUUACUAUGAACACAACACUGUACAAUUUGUCUAGUCGAUGUAAGUAUAAAUAUGUAUAUGCGUUAAAGUCGUCGGGGAGGCGUCAGACCAGAAUAACGUACACUGAGGGGGAUGAUCAUCACCGUCGCGUCACGCCGCACGUGCGACAUAAUUAUUUAUAACGUUGACAAUGCGUAAAUGCGAAAUAGCGGAACUCUCGCGGGUACGGGAGAGAGAACGGGGGGAGGCGAAGUUGUCAGAGACAUAUCGUUUGUAUCUCCAUCCGCGGGAAUCGAGUACGAGACGAGGUGUACGAAGAGCAGCGGAGUAAUGAGACGAAAGACGAAGAAAGAAGAAAGAAUGAUGAAGAAGAAAAAAAUAAAAGAAUCCCUGUCGCGCUUUCGUCUCAGUCUGCAGAAUUCUGGAUUUCAUCGUAAUAUUAAGUAUCUCUUGUACAAUGUAUAAAGUAACGACUUCCUUCGAAGUAAAUGUACCGAGUAUGAUGAACGUUGUUUUUUCAAAGUCUUGAAUCUUACUCUAUAUAGAGAGAUGCCCCCAAUUAAAAAAAAA